AUUCACGCAUGAUUGAUUAUUGUAAUUGUAAUACACAACAAUUAAGUAAAGAUUUUCGUUAAUACAUGAAUAAUGUGUGUAUUAUAUAAACUAUUGGGCUUCCAAAAGCCUUUAGAAACCUACCCUCAUUUUUCGCACUACAAGACAGAAGAAAUUUUACCAGAGAUAACAGAGCGAGGAUAAAAUCAAAGAGAAAAGAUGGGAUUGACGAAUUUCGUGCUCACGGUGGCCGGUGUAAGCGCCGUCGUUCUCCUCCUCAGGAGUGACGUGAAGCAAUCUGCGUCCAUCUUCAAGCGCAACGUGAAGCACAUUCGUCACUGGCUUGAAGAAGAAACCGCAGCUUCUGCCGAGGUUAUAGAGAAGUCAACUCCUAAAGAACUGAAAUCAAAGGUUCCUUCGAAAGAUAAUCAUAAAGAUUAAGGAUGGCGAGCACUAGUGUUUGUUUUGGUGAGGGGUGUUCACUGAAGUAAUUUUUGUUGUUUCUUAGUGUUUCUCUGACCGUAUUUGAAUGGAUACAAGUUUUAACUUUUUACUA